AUGUACACUGUUUCAGCAAACAAUGCCGAUGAAUCAAAAGUUCCACCAGUAACAACACCUCCUCAAGAAGGUUUGGUUUCAACUACUCCUCCUACUCAUCACGAUGAAGAAAAUGAUGGGGAAACAACAACCAUCACAGCAUCUGUAACAGUCAAGGAGGAAGACAGUAAUCAAUCAUCAAAUGCUUCAACUUCCGCAUCAAAUAUUUCAUCCCCUCAAAAUAGUUCCUCUUCCCAAAAACAAGUUACUACUGGUAAACCAAAAAACAAGUCCAAGAGAACAAUUCAAAUAACUAUUCCAAAAGAUUAUGAAAAGUAUCAACUUAAACCACGUGUCAUUGGCGAAGAUCAAAAGAUUAGAUUUUACAAUGCACAAAAUACUACAUUUUAUCAAAGAAAGUUGAAGAAUCCAAUUCUUAAAUUAUGGAUUUUGAUUGUUGGUAGAAAGAUGAAGAACAACUUGCCAUACUUUACAUACUCUGCAAGACGUUUCUUUGAAACUGCUUGGAGAAGAAAUAUUCAAGUGGAAUUGAUGGAAAUUCAAAAGUUUGAUUUACUCGUUUCACAUGAUGGUUCUAAUUCUCUCAUUUAUGAUGGUGAAGUUGUACCAAGAGAUGAAUUCCCAGAUGUUGUUUUACCUAGAUUGGGUGCACAUAUUGAUUAUUGGGGAUUGGCAGUAGUUAGACAAUUUGAAAAGAUGGAUGUUUUGGUUCUUAAUGGAUUUGAUUCCCUUGAAAUGACUCGUGAUAAGCUUCAAACAUUACAGCAAUUGGCUAAAGAUCAAAUUCCAAUUCCAAAAACAAUGAUUGCUCGUUUCCCAUUAGAAACCUCAAUUAUUUCACGUCAUUUUACAUAUCCAAUCAUUUUAAAGAAAUCUUCUGGUUCUCAAGGAAAAGGUGUAAUGCUUAUCGAAAGUGAAAACCAAAUUAAGGGAUUGGAUGAUAUGUUGGAUGUUUCCAAAUCAAUGAUCAUUCAAGAGUUUAUUCAAGCAAGCAAAGGAAGAGAUAUUCGUGUAAUUGUUGUUGGUGGUAAGGCCAUUGGUGCCAUGAUGAGAGUCGCUAAAUCAGGAUUUAAAUCUAAUUUCCAUCAAGGUGGUUGGGUUAAACCAGUCAAACUUUCUAGUUCUUUGGAAUGGUUGGCUAUCACUGCUGCUCAAAGUGUUGACUUGGACUUUGCUGGUGUUGAUAUUUUAAUUGAUAAGGAUACUUACAAGAUUUGUGAAAUUAACUCUUCACCAGGUUUUGAAGGAUUUGAGUUAGCAACCGGUCUCAAUGUUCCUGAGCAAUUUUUGAAUUUUGUGGAAUUAAGAACAAGUAUUUGGAGAAAAAUGGAUAAGAAAAAGAAGAAGGGAAAGAAUCCACCUGUAAGAAUUCCAGUUGAAGCUGAACAUGUUGUUGCCUCAAAGCCAACCAGCGAUUCUCCAAAACACAUUCAAGUUGGUUUGACAGGAAAUCAACUUUAA